AUGGCAUUCUGGUCCAGCACUUCGGUUUUCACCUCUAAAGUGCCCCGGAAGAUCCUAUUCAUGUUCACCCUCUCCCUCUCUGUCACCUACCUGUUCUACAGCCUGAUGAGCUGCUACAACUCUCUGCAGUUCCCUCUGCAGGAGAACUACGCGUACCAGGGGAGGCUGGUGACGGAGGAGACAACUUUUGUGACAUUGAGGGAGAAACUUUACUCCGCUUCCCAGGGCUUCACCACGGAGGGUUCCCCGGUGAAGGAGCAUGCUGAGGCCGAGCAGAGGACGGUGGAGUGGAUCAGGACUCAGGCGUCUCCCACCAAGUCCGCGGCGCAGUACCACACCAGCGCGCUGGAGAAGGAGCGCCAGGAUUUCAGCACCACGGACAGCGACCUCAGGGUGAACUGCACCAUGGAUUACGGAGAGAAGAAACUUCCCCAAGCCAUCAUCAUCGGGGUGAAGAAAGGGGGGACCAGAGCCCUGCUGGAGGCGCUCAGGGUGCACCCCGACGUCAGGGCUGUGGGCAACGAGCCACACUUCUUUGACAGGAACUACGAGAAGGGGCUGGACUGGUACCGAGACCUGAUGCCUUCGACGCUGGAAGGGCAGAUCACCAUGGAGAAGACGCCCAGCUACUUUGUGACUAACCAUGCCCCGAAGCGCAUCCACACCAUGGCCAGGGACAUCAAGCUUAUUAUAGUGGUGCGUAAUCCUGUCACCAGAGCCAUUUCAGACUACACACAGACUUUAUCCAAGAAACCCGAGAUCCCCACCUUUGAGGUUCUGGCUUUUAAGAACCGGACGCUGGGUCUCAUAGACGCCUCAUGGAGUGCGUUGCGUAUAGGAAUAUAUGCGCUCCACUUGGAGAGCUGGAUGCAGUAUUUCCCGCUCUCCCAAAUGCACUUUGUUAGCGGGGAGAGGCUAAUUGUGGAUCCCGCGGGCGAGAUGGCCAAAGUGCAGGACUUCUUGGGCCUCAAACGGAUCGUCACAGACAAACACUUUUACUUUAAUAAAACUAAAGGAUUUCCGUGCCUGAAGAAGCCGGAGGACAGCAGCACUCCCAGAUGCCUGGGCAAGUCUAAAGGGAGAACUCACCCGAAAAUCGACCCGGACGUGAUUCGGCGGCUGCACAAGUUCUACAAACCCUUUAACAUGAUGUUCUACCAAAUGACCGGCCAGAACUUUGAAUGGGAGCUGGAGGAGGACAGUGGAACUCGUAGCUCUCAGGACUAG